AUGAGAUUUUCAAUUGCUUUGAUUGUUUUUGCUUUUAUUUUGGUUAUUUUUAAUUGUGUUGAAUCUAAAGAUGAGGGAGGGAAUCAGGAAGAGAUUGAACAGCAAUACCAAAAUAGAAGACUUAGAUCGUUGGCAAAUGGCCGAUGGCAGUUGAGACCUGGAAAAAGAUUCGUACCACAAAAUUAUUACUAUCAAAUGAUGCUCGAUAAUUAAUUAAUUGCCAAUGAGAAAAAUUAAAAGAAUGAGGAAAAGGAAGAGGAAAAUACUUAAAUUUUUUUGUUUUUAUCACAGAGAUUAGCAAUGAAUUAAGACAAAAGAUUCUUGAAAAAUAAAAUAUUAAGUUGUCGAAUAAAAUAUAUGUAAAACAAAACAAGUCGGGUCUAAAAAGCUGAGAACUUUCUCUGC